CCCAUCACGGGUGAGGCCACGCCCCAUUCACGGGUCGGCCCGCGGCUUCGCCGCUCGAGAGUCGCGCUUUCAUCCAGUCAAAAGUUGGGAGGUAUGUGAAUAUAUCACCGGGAAGAUGGCAUCACCACCGUCGGCAACAGCACUGGUAUACUGGGGGGGAGGUAUCAGACCGGGCCCCUCCAACAGCCUGGGUAAUUUGUACCCCCUGCCAAUGCCCAGCAGUUAUUGUGGGCAUACAUGAUGUGAUACGCAGGACUGGCAUUUUUCAAUUUUUGCAACAAAUUUUGGAAACAGGAAGAAAUCAGUGAAGUUAUUUCAGAAAUGAAUAACAAUAAACGUCUUUAAACCGGAGUUUUGACCAGAAGGAAAACAUGCGCCUGGAGGAAAAAUUCCGCCUGGAUGACUUGUUGCGCUUGGAAGAGUUGUUCACCAAUCAUAAUCUGCCGGCAGUGGAGGCGGUGGAAGUUGAGGAAACAACAGAGGCUCGGACAUUCCCAUUAAAGAGACACAAACCGAAGGCCAUCUCUCAACAAGUGGGGAACAUGACCCUGAAAGAGUUUCAGAAUGUCCUAUCUAAUAUAUUUGAAUCAGAGAGUUGGGAUGACAACAUGGAGCUUCUAUUUAACAAGGUGGAUACAUCCUGUGAUGGGUUCAUUGACUGGAGUGAGUUCUGUACAUACCUGUUACUUCAGUACAAGGAGCAGGACUACAUGACUACACGGAAAAUUACACUUCUUAAAGAACCUGUUAUAAGGCUUUGUACCCGUAAUAAGCAAGAGCCCACAUGUCGGAUUCUGGCAGUUAGCAGUCCCCCACCUCUUUGGUUUAUGAGCAUCAGUAAAGGAGGAGUUCUCACUGCAUGGGACAUUAACCUGCACCCUCAGAAGUCAUAUGAGAUCACAGUUGAUCCCCUGGAGUCACAGACUGGGAAGAGGAGAUUUAAGUCUUGGGCUACUGAUGCAGUGUACUUGCCCAAUGUGCACAAAAUUGCUGUAGCCACCACUAGCCGCGAUAUCCACUUCUUUGAUGUGUUUACAAUGAAUAUAUUUGAGGAGUAUCAUCUGUGUGCUUUAAUCCAUGUUCCCACCUGCUUCUAUUACUGGUACAACAUAAAGAUCCCAGGAAGCCACUCUCUGCUAUUGUGGGGAGAUGACAAGGGCGGUGUGAGUCUUUUGUGGCUGCUGAAGCCCAGUUCCGGAAUGUUUGAGAAAGUAUUCACCCACCAGAUGGGACCCCACAAAGUGUACAUGCAGGAGUUGAGACAACACAGCAAGUUUCUCAGCUAUCAGUACUUUACUGAUAUCCACCCAGAAGCCAUCAAUAAAAUCAUGUAUGUCCCAGGACAGGAUCUCAUCAUCACAUCGUCUGACAGCUCACAGACCUCUGUCGUCAUCAUGGACAUCAACAGCAGAGGGAAAACUUAUAUGUGGAAGAUCAGCAAGGGUGUGCAAUGUUUUGACUACUGCAAGUCCCUGAACUUGCUUGUUACAGGUGGACUAGAUCAUAAAGUGAGACUGUGGAAUCAAUAUGUCCCGAGUCGGCCCAUUGCCUUGCUCCAGGAGCACACCAUGGCUAUUCUGGAUGUGGCUAUAUAUGAGCCGCUGAAACAGAUAUUCAGUUACUCCAAGGACUCGGUUUUGAAGGUGUGGGACAUCUCCUCACACAGAUGCCUGCAGACCUUGGUGCUGAAGUUCCCCUGUCUACAUCCAGGAAGAACACAAGAACAGGGAAGUUUCCCAUUCCUACUUGUGCAGAUGCCACCCCAUCGUCUGCUUGUAUCUUUUUCUGACUACAUUGGAAUGCUGUGCUUUGCUCAUACUGACACCAAUGAGGAGACCCUGACUACACACGAGGCACCACUCUCUGGGGUCCUCUACAACAGUUUCUUUCAUCAGGUGGUGACAGGGAGUGAGGAUUCCAGCGUUGCUGUCUGGGAUGUGGAGACUGGUAACAAAUCCCUCCUGCUGAAUAAUGUGCAUGGACAGGAGGAAAUCACCUGCAUGACAUUUGACAACUCUCAGAGGAAGCUGAUUACAGGUGCCAGGAAUGGCACAAUUAAGAUCUGGAAUAUUCAAAAUGGCCACAAUUUGCACAGGCUUCAGCCAGUUGAGGAGGCGGAGGUCACCUGUGUUUUAUCUCUGAAAGAGAAGAAAUUUCUCAGCGUUGGUUGGAAUAGGAAAAUUGUAAUUUAUGAUAUAACAGAAAUACAGAACACUUAUGUUUCUGCGGAUGAGUCGUGGAAAGGAGGCCACCUGCACAGAGAGGACAUCCUUGCUGCGGAUCACUGCCCUUCUCUGGGACUCCUGGUGACGGCCAGUUUUGAUGGAGAAAUAAUUGUGUGGAACACAGAAACACAAAGGAUGUAUCUUCAUCUAAGAGACUCUAGCAAACAACGCAGACCAAACACUGGUGGAAGAGCUGUAGUCUUAAGGCCAAUGAGUCGUUAUCGUCAGAGGAGACAAAGCUGUGAUAUCAGGUGUUACCCGCCGGUGGACAAAGUCUAUUUUCUGCAACAUCGCACAGCUCAGAAAGAUGCAGCUAUUCUUAUCAGCUCCGAGGCUGGAAUCCUGCGCUGGUGGAGCAUCUUUACUCAUCACAGAAAGUUUAGUUAUUUCUACGCCCCAAGUAAUGCAGAUGAGUCGGUGUUCGGGUUAACAAGCGAUGAGAGUAACAGUGUCCUAGUAUCAGGUGAUACUGCCGGUUAUAUCCAAGUUUGGGACAUUUCACAGUACGGUUUCCAGGCUACAGACCAGGAAGAGGAGAAGAGACCACCAUUACUCUUCUCCUGGUCUGCACAUGACAGCACAGUGGUGGGCAUGGAACAUUUCAUGUUUGGGACAGAUCAAUUUAUCAUCAGCGGCUCCUCAGAUCGUACAGCCAAGCUCUGGACCUGUGACGGAAAACUUGUGGGCAUUUUUGGUCAAUCCAAAAAUUGGAAUCUGAGAAACCCGUCAACAUUCCUGCAUAACACGACAGGAGAUCCUGGAGAAAUAGAAGACAAGGGUCCGUUGAGCGAAAGGCAGGCAACAUCAGGAGACAAGCCGGCAGUAGGGCCCCAGGGCCACAUAGAAGAGAUGGGUAGAAGAUAUGAAAUGACAGUGAGUAAAGACCCUCUUGUUUUGCUGGAAGAAAAAGCUGCUGAGCGGACAUGGAAGAUGUCUGUUACUGAUAAUGAGGAAAAUAAACUGCAGAUUGCAGUGGAUAAAAAAGUGCGCAGACAUCUUGCCACCGACAUCGACGUUAACAAGUGUAACCGCUUCGGGCAGCUCUGCUCCCCAUUCCAGGCACUGAAUAUGACAGAAAUUCAGGAUAUCGAGCUGCCCAAGAAUUUCCCUAAAAUAGGGACAGGGAACAGCUUGGAAUGGGGAGACCAGCAGCAGGAGACUCAGAGGAACUCCAAAUCACAGGGGAGACAAAUCUCACAGAUACUGCAAGCCAGAUCACUUCAGCCACACUAAAGAAAUCACAGCAGCAAAGCAAUAUGUAAUGCAACACUAUAAAAUAAAUAGCUACUAAUA